AUGCCCGACUAUGGGCUCGUAGCCGCCAAGGACGGCAUUUCUCUCAGCAAUCCUCACGACAACAAUCGGGCGAUCACAAGAAACGUUGAUAUGAGCUAUACGUGCUGUUUGACAGUCCCAAUCCGCGCUGGUGCGGUGACCAUUUCCGUGUUGGGUGUAAUGGCCAGCGCCGCUUUUGGCGUCGUCUAUGCAAGAGAGAUUGAAGAUGGAAUAAUGACUACAUCAGAGGAUCAUCCAAUGGCCAAGUUUGUCCCAUACGUGGGUAUGGUUAGCUGGAUGUUUCUUGCUCUCAUUUCUCUCUUCGGAACCAAGCCAAAGCUUGCUACCAUCUACUUCUGGGCGCUGCUCGUCCAAUAUGUGGUCGACCUUGCCUUUCUGGUCGUCACAAUGUAUUUCUGUAUUACAAGCGCGCAGACAAAGAAGCGAAACUGCGACCUCCGCGCCCAAGGCGAGGGGUUCAGCCACACGGACGCCCUGUGCUCGGCUGCGCUGAGCGCGUCUAGCAUUCUCCUUCUCAGCGUCCUCGGGGUAUACAAGCUCUACGCCACCUACGCUGUCUAUGUCAUCUUCAAUUUCAUGCGCUGGGUCAAGAUGGAGUGGCUCGAGAUCGAGGCACAAAAGGUGCAAAAGAUCAUGCAGCAGCGCCAACCACAGCCCAUGAUUGACUACGACUCGUACACGGCGACGAAAAACUGGUCAAAGUUUGAAGACUAG